UACGCGUGAGACUACGAUCCUUCGAUAAAAUAUGAAGAAAUUUGUCAGUCCUUGAAAGAGUAUAUUUAUAUUUUUAAGACUUCAAUUUGCAUUUUCGACUCGGUUGUGUCAGUGGAAAAUAAAGUAAAACAUUAUUUUGGAAAGUAAACUUGUAACUGAUGUAUAAAGAUGAAUUGUGAACAAACUACGAAAUAUAAGAAACAACUUUUUUAAUAGUGUGUCCUUCCACAUUGCCAUACUGCAGUGAAUAAUUCCGAAAGGUUAACGAAGGACGGCAAUAUGGUCAACAGUAAAGGAACAAACAUUAUUUCAUUUUAGGACUGUACUGAUACCCUGCUUAUAUGUGACGUGUCUAAUCCUAUGGCCAUGGCAGUUUUAAUCGAAGGGUCCAGGCAGUUUUUCUCAGCAGUUUAACGACGCUAAACAAUCAAAGUUUCAACAGAACUUUUAUGACCUCUAAUUUCCGGCGGAGGAUUAGGAUUGGAUUAAGUGUUAUUUUACAGAUUUAAGAAGAAAUGUUCAGCUUUUUAUAAUAAAUAGCUUAUGACAGGGCGCGUGGUACAGUCGGGGAGGGGAUGAUUCUUGAUGAAAAAGUGAAUAAAGAGAAAAGACUAAAAUUUGUUCGUGAAGGAAUUCAUCAAGGAAAAUCAACCUUCGAAAAUUAAGGAGCUCUCGAGUGUUUGAUUUGCAAUGUCAUAUCGAACGUAUGUCUGCUUGUAAACAGAUUCUCAUGUUAACGAUUCUAGGUGUAUAAGCUACUAACAUGUUCAAAUUCUUCGAUGAUACGAUCGUAUCUGUAGAUUUACUUUUUGUUUGUUUUUGCGUCGAGCGUACAGAACGAGUUCGAGACGUCGGUGUCCUAUAAGAACGACGAGGACACCGGAAACGGCACCGACGGAAGCGACGAUGGAAACUGGACGUGUGAAGAGGAGCCGCUUAAGGGGACCGAUGGAAGCCGUAUCGCAGCUUACCAUGCUGGAAAAGCGACGUGGAGGUGCUACGAAUGUGGCGAUGUGAUGGGAGGUGGCCCCCGCGACGUGGCCGAGCACUUUAUGGAACUUCACUCCUCGAGGAUACUCGCUGACGACAACAGGAACAGGCAUCACUCUCCUCGCAAAGACUAUCUGCAGUCGGAGCUCAAGAUCGAAGACGUGAUUUCAUACCUGGAGAGGCUACGGGAGCGAGCCGAACGUGUAGCACCACCGUCAAGACGGACGCAGGAAACUCAAACAGUACCUGCCGCCUUAUUGCCUGUUACGUCGACUUUCCUGUUGCAAGAGUUACCUUCAACCCCAUCGCCGCAACACCUUCACCAGACAACGACGACAAUGCCGACGUCCGCUGCGGUGUCUGCCAGCGGGAAAAGGUACACAUGUCCCUAUUGUCCCUACGGAACCGAUCGACGGGACUUGUACACGCGCCACGAGAACAUCCACCGCGAGGAGAAGCCGUUUCACUGUUACAUAUGCUACAAGCCGUUCAACCGUGCCGAUCACGUGAAGAAACAUUUCUUAAGGAUGCACCGGGAACACGGCUACGAGCUGUCCAGGAUACGAAGACCUGCUGGAUCCAGCGCGCCCAAGCCGCUCCAGCAGGACUCGACCACGGGAAAUACAGGCAACGGCAACGCGAACGGCCAGCAGCAACAGCAACAGCACACGAGCUAUGCAUCUGGGUUCAACAAUAACAAGAGUUACCAGUUGCAGCCAAACCCUGGUAACGGAACGACUACAACCACAGGGAUUUAUCAGGCGACGUCGAUGCCUGCGCCCAGCAUCAUGCAACCAGACGCGGCGAACUGCGGUACUGCUAGAAGGGUCCAAAAUGGCGGAUGCAACAGUAAGAGCCAUCUCAAGGGUGGUUCUAAAGGCGCACAAGAGCGGAGGUACACCUGCUGCUACUGCUCCUGGAGCGGCGUAGACAAUUGGUGCCUUAAACGGCAUCUAAACACGCAUUUGAAGCCGUUCGCGUGCACCCUGUGCGAGUACAAAGCUGCACGAGCCGAGCGUUUGGCAACUCACGUGUUGAAAGUUCACAACAGGCGGCAGUGUUCGAGGUGCUCGUUCCUAGGCGAGGACGCGGCGCAGUUGCAGAUGCACCAGCUGCACGUCCACCGUGUCAGCAGCGCGAACAACGCACCUGCAGCAUCCGCGGCGCAGGCACCGCCACCGCAUAAUAAUCGCCAUCAGCAACCCUUGCACCCCGCGGGAGGAGGUCGUCCGCCACCUGGUCCGCCAGUUUUUCCAGCGCCAGCACCAGCCAUCGCACCUGCUACCACCGUGAUACCACCGACAACGAUACUCGGCUACCGAGCGGUGACCAACACGUGCCAGGCCAUGGAGUCUCCCGAGUGUCCUUGUACCGAGCGGAAGCCGAGCGAGAGACGGUCUAGGAAGCAGAGCCAACCGAGGAAGGUCACGUGGAACCAGGAGUUCGAGGACGACGAUCUGACUGUCCCUGAUCAGAACGUUGUAGACGUAGAACAGCCAGAGGAUGCAGCCUUCAGGCCAGCGAACAAGAAGAUGCUCAUAAUAAACGAGCUGAAGAAGAGGUAUCGACGUCGAUCGACCGACCAGAGGCUUCUCAAGUGCGUACAGUGUCCCAGCGAUUCGCUCGCUAGAGGAUCCGUCUACAAACCGUACCACACCAAGGCUUCACUGGAGUUGCACAAGCUGUGGAAGCACGGCGCGUACGAUAAGCAUCUCAAAAUCUGUGCGUCCAAGGAUCGCACGACGUCCCAGGUGUCGUCCAUCACGCUAAAGGCCACCGUCUUCACCAGCCAUGGAUACGGCUAUCAUAGAUAACACGCGGCGAUCCCGUGGACGUAGCGGUGGGCGACCGGGUUGGUGCACGUUGAACCGCGGAAUACACAAUUCUUUCUCGACGCUUUCGAUGCUGUUGGAAGUUAAAUUUUGAUGUUUGUUUUCUGAGAAAGGCUACUGGCUUCUUGUCUUUACGUUGAAGGGUAUAGAUUUGUUAAAAUAUAUAUUGGUUAUUAAUUGGUAAUUCGUUGGGAAAAAGUUCGUAAUUACACGAUUUGCGUUUAUAGUAGUUACGAAACUAGGAUCUAUACAGUAUAAAGAACUUAUUUGUACAGUAGUAGCGCAAACGUUGGAGGUAACGUUGACCCUUAACGAUUCUCAACAAGCAUCAGAGACCGAACUUUCCGCGUUUCGAAGUCCACCUGCUCCGGUCGCCAUUUUUGGAUUCAGGGUAUUCGAUGCGACUGACUUUGCGAAUCGGACUCGUCGAGGAUCGUCGUGUCCAACCUCUCACGGUGAUAUUUCUGGUGACUGACAAGGAACAAACGCUCAUGUUCCGAGGAACUGUGGUAAUUUACUUAAAUGUCUACGGGGAAAGGGAAUGCCCAGGUCUCCGUUGUCGCGGGACAUUUCGGUGAUUUCCGUCGCAGCCAACGAAACGAUAGAUAGAAACCAAUUUCGUCGAUGUUUUUUGAGAGCCUGGAUUCAGAUCACUCGCGGAGCUGAAGCGGCGACGAGAAACAGUCUUAGGAUAAGGAUGAAAACUGAUCGAAAGUACCUUGACACGUGAACUGCCGAUCACACAAUUUUAGGUCCUAUUAACGAUUAAGACGUAAUGCGAAGAGUUGGCGCAUCGAAACGAAUAUUUUCAUGUAUAAGAACUGUAACACGACGCCACGUUGCCCGGUCAUCGUUUCCAAUCGACGCGUCGCGCGUUUCCGCAUCGCCCAAUCAAGCAGUCAAACAUACGUUCCAUCGAAGGACGGAAAUUUUGUUCAGAGACGCGCGCAAGAGCCGACGAAAGACAUUGCGCCGGGAGAGUACGCCAAAAUGGCCGCCAAUCGACUCUCGUGACCGUUCUCUCGGCCGGGGGCGAGCAUGAUUUUUAUAUUAAGGGAUAUUUGUACAAAAACCACUAUCUUGUUUACGUUAUUAUAUGAAAUAUAUUAUAUCUAUUGUACUUAAGCGCAGCACGCGAGAUACCGCGAGGCACGUUGAGUUGCAAAGACGAUCGCACCAGUUCUUUGGGACUCCGCGGCUUCCGGUGUAUUCAUUUUAUUCGACCUGUCCUCUGCGAGACGAACUGUGAUUCAUUUUUGUCAUUUAAUAUUCGAGUUUAUACCCGGCGUUACCGUUUCAAGGAAAUGUUACAUUAAGUCGUUCAUCGCUUCGCUUUCUUAAACUUACUUUGUAUUAACGAGUGUAUAGUUCAUAUUAAUCUGUUGCAUAUUAUUCGCGGCUGUUAAUUACUCAGACUGAUGGGUUACUUUAUUCUACAAGCUUAAGUAAGAUCCUGAAAUGAUGGUCUCAGAGAAUCCUCAAUUAAGAUCUGUAACGUAUAGAGGCUCACAAAAUGAUGUAUCACGAAAUUAUGAAUCUCGCAGCAUGAUAUUUCAAUUCUUAUUUAUAACUAAUUUUAAUCAACGAUAGCGAUUCAACUGAGUGCAAUGAAAAAAAUGUUCAUAUUCUUACAAAGUGAAGACAGUAGCGAAUAAUAUUCAAAUUCUCUGGGAUCCUGUAUCAUGCACUGCAGGAAAAUGACUACGCGUAAAACCCUCUGUUCAUUUUCCUCAGUUUUCAUUUUCAUCUCUUUCUUUCAAGAAACAUUCUCCUCUUACACCCAGUUCCACGAGGAUCGCCUCCGAUCGGCAACCGGCUAUACACUGAGGCUCCAUUACGGUCAACGUACGGAUAUCCUCAAAUCUACUAGGCGUUUCCAAACGACUGCGUUAUUUCCGCAGUUAUUUUUACGCGCGCUGGAAACGCGGCCCGCCUAAAAAAUGUAGAUGCGCCGUUUUGAAAUUCAUCUCCUAAAUUAUGGAGGAACCGUGGAACGGGAACGGCAGCGGUCGUAACUCGCGGCCGGGUUGCAUAUAUGUAUGAUACCGCUAGUCGUGUCACCUUUAUCACGCCGAAACUUUCGCGCUGCGGCUUUGCCGAGCCAGGGAAAAAAGGUAGAGGAAAAACAACGCAUCGAUAUUUUUGACCGUGUCGCGGCUUUGGCCGCACGCGUUGGACAGUUUCGAAUUACAACGUAAAAAUUACCCUCCGCGGAAACCUCGGCGGGUAAAAACAAUUCACGACGAAAUUACAUUGUUUAACAGGUGAGAACAAAGAAUUCCCUCACGCAACAUUUUUCUUGCGUCGUUCCCAGCACGUGCCGCAUCCUUUCAAACCGCGAUCCGAGAGGUGUUUUCAUAAUACCCGGCGCGAACCCAUUUCUCUUCUUUACAGGGAAAAAAUUGAAUUUUUUACUCCUUCGGGCGGGAAACGCCAACGACGAGAACGAAACCGCGCUGUUUUGUCGCAGUAAAAGUUGUCAAAAUACUCGAGCGAUGCUCGGAGCGGUUCCGUUUGGUACCGCGAACAUUUGUUCGAGGCGGUUACGCGCGCGAAUAAUUUUCAGAUGACUUCUGUUUGGGAAAAAGGGACUACGGUGAACGUAUUUUUCUUUGGUAAACGUUAAAAGUCGGGAAGAUAUGUUCCAGAAGCGAUUUGUGGAGGCAAGACUUAAAGAUAAAUUCGUAUUUUUCAGGAAAAGUGAAUUUUAUUACGUACAUAUGUAUGUUACAAAAAUUGUAUCCAAUUUAGUUAAAGGUUUCUGUUGUUAUUUCUUGAAUUUGUAUAUGG